GAUUACUCUUUGCAUUGACCGAAAAAACAAAGACGAAAUAGAAUUGAUUAAAAACACAAAAUGGUACUAAAUAACGUAAUUCGCCAACAAAUUGGCGCUGCAACCAGGAAUAUGUCCGGCACCGCCGCCACAGCUGGAGAACAUUCAGGUGGCUACAAGGUCUGGAAGCGUCUGUCAUUCUUUGUGGCAGUGCCAGCAGUUGGCUUGUGCAUGGCCAAUGCUUACUUGAAGCACCAGGAGGAGCACGACAAACCACGUCAAGAAUUUGUCAAAUACGACUACUUGCGUCGCCGUGAGAAGCGUUUCCCCUGGGGUGAGGGCAACAAGAGCUUGUUCCACAACCCACACGUCAAUCCCCUGCCCGAUGGCUAUGAGCACUAAAUGGCUCUUACAUUCUUAGUAGAUGUACUAGCAGUUGUUGGCGAAUGGCUGCCAUGGUCAGAGACACUCACUGCGUUUAACUAAUGUAAGCUGAAUUCAAUGCGGAAAUACACAAAAACCGAUACGAAAACCAAGUUGUUAAAUAAAAUGUUAAUACUGGCAGCCAUAAUAUGGUUCUUCAGCACAGGUGGGCUUCAAUUAACCAAA